GACUGGGGACGCGCUCGCCUCGCCGGUUAUCCGAAAACUCUCGGCCCCACGCGCGCUCACACUCACACACUGCUUUGUCGCGACACGCGCUCACACUCAUCCUCGCGCGCUCACAUUCUCGCGCGCUCCCGCUCGCACUCACGCGCACCCACAGCGGCGCUCGCCCUCACGCGCUCUCCACCGCUGCUCCGCGCGCUCACUCGCACACGCGCGCCCGCACUCACGCGCCGCACACUCCUGCUCCAGCUCGUUUGCCCUGCGGAGGGAGGCACGCCGGCAAGAGCGCACAGGGACCCCACGAUCUUCCCAUGGCGGACCUGAGCUUCAUCGAGGAUGCCGUCGCCUUCCCGGAGAAAGAGGAGGAUGAGGAGGAAGAAGAAGAGGGUGUGGAGUGGGGCUACGAGGAAGGUGUUGAGUGGGGCUUGGUGUUUCCUGAUGCUAAUGGGGAAUACCAGUCUCCCAUUAACUUAAACUCAAGAGAAGCUAGAUAUGACCCUUCUCUGCUGGAUAUCCGCCUCUCACCAAAUUAUGUGGUCUGUCGGGACUGUGAAGUCACCAAUGAUGGACACACUAUUCAGGUUAUCCUGAAGUCAAAAUCAGUUCUAUCGGGAGGUCCGCUGCCUCAAGGGCAUGAAUUUGAACUGUACGAAGUUAGAUUUCAUUGGGGAAGAGAAAACCAGCGUGGCUCUGAGCACACGGUUAAUUUCAAAGCUUUCCCCAUGGAGCUCCAUCUGAUACACUGGAACUCCACCCUGUUUGGAAGCAUUGAUGAGGCUGUGGGGAAGCCACAUGGAAUCGCCAUCAUCGCUUUGUUUGUUCAGAUAGGAAAAGAACAUGUGGGCCUAAAGGCUGUGACUGAAAUUCUCCAGGAUAUACAGUAUAAGGGGAAGUCCAAAACAAUACCUUGCUUUAAUCCUAACACUUUAUUACCAGAUCCUUUGCUGCGGGAUUAUUGGGUGUAUGAAGGCUCUCUUACCAUUCCACCUUGCAGUGAAGGCGUUACCUGGAUAUUAUUCCGAUAUCCUUUAACCAUAUCCCAGCUACAGAUUGAAGAAUUUCGGAGGCUGAGGACGCAUGUUAAGGGAGCAGAACUGGUGGAAGGCUGUGAUGGAAUAUUGGGAGACAAUUUUAGACCCACUCAGCCACUUAGUGACAGAGUCAUCAGAGCUGCAUUUCAGUAGCCAAAGAGAACAAAAAUAAGUCUGUCUUCACCUUGGAGGAAGAAAAUGUCCUUGGAUGAGAAGUGGAAAUUUUUGAGCUGCAACUUCAGUUUAUUCUCAAAGCCAACAUUGUUUGUCUUCAUUUAAUCCAACUCUGAUGGACUUCUGUGACAGUUGCCUGUAUACAUGCUCUAAUGAAAUAUUAGAAAUGGCUGUACAUUGAAAAGAAACUCCAUAUUAUAUAUCCACAUCACUGCUGCUAGUGUUCAUAUUUUUUCACAUACUGUUUAUUGCUUAUAUGUAGAAGAAAUAAAAUUAGUUGUCAGAGUUGUUAGUGGUAUGAAUAUAUGUAGUAUAUUAAUAUUGAGACAGGAAAAAUACAUUCCAAGCAUUAGUUGUCCUUUAUUUCCUGUCUACGACAGAAAAUUUGCUCAUCUGGAGAAAAAUGUAAUUCUUGACAAUAAAAUAAAGAGUUUGGAUCAAGAAUAGCAUGUGAAUUUAAAGUUCAAUGCAAAG